AUGGCAAACCAGUUUCAGUAUACUUCCACCAAUGUGGGUGGAAAGAACUCUUCACCAUGGGUGUAUUUACUGGACUGGAUCUUGUCUCUUAUAGUGGCGUUGGCGUUCCUUUUCUUCUUCAGUCGUCUCAUUGGAUUCAUUGUUACGUUUCUAUUAAAGUUGUUUCUUUGGAGACGAAGCAAAACGAGAAUCACCGUCGAAUCACUUAGAAUAUCACCGUUGGGCGGCCGAAUAUUUGCGAAAAACUUGGUAAUUACUACCCAGGAUUAUACCAUAUCGGUGCUUGCCCUCAACUUCUCAUGGCGAUAUUGGAUCUUUCGAAUCAUCAGAAUAUCAGAAUUCUACUACCAAAUGAGACAAGAGCUUGAAUCUGGAAUUCCUAGAGAUGAGAAUGAAAAACUUCCUUGUCGAUUUGUCUUGUACCUCGAGGGCCUUGAGGUGUUCAUGUAUAACCGAUCAUUUGCAUAUGACAAUAUCGAACAGAUGCUUAAUGAAAAGGCUAAAAAUCCAUCUGAAACUACCAAGUUUACCACAGCUAAAACGGGUCCUGCCGAAAGCACCUCCCUCAGCUAUCUUCUCCGUCUAAUGCCAAUAAGAGUUCAGAUAAAAAAGGGUACACUUAUCCUAGGCAAUUCUACCACCCCCAGCAUAUUUGUGGCAUCCUAUAAAUCAGCAUUUGGCAUAAUAGACCUCCAUCAGUCUCCGUGCCCUCUUGACUACUUUCGUCAUGUCUACAACUUCAGUUUGGCCCAAUUUCAACUAUCAAUGAAACCAAAUAUAUCCUACGACAAAUCAAAGUACACCAAACCAAAGACCUCACAACUCAACCACAAGUCAUCAACCAUCCGCCUAAACCGCCAGCGACAAUAUCAAUAUUGGCACAAGUUUCAUCAGGCUUCAAAAAAGGCUGUCCGCUUAUUGCGACCUAAAAAACGACAGGCAGAAAUCAAGCUCGAGGAAGCAAGUAAGGAGUGGCGAGGGUUGCGUCGCUACAUAGACAAUGAGCCCCGAAGCCCCAACAACAUUCACUUGAACACAGAGGAAGAGUAUGCAAAAUACAGUUUGAUAUUGGACUCUGCCCUGACCCGAUUCAUAUAUUACUUCGACUCCCUUGGCAAUUUUCCUCAAGAAGGAGACCCCUUAACGUACGCCACUCCUGAGUACGGUGUUGACAUAGAGCUUGCGGUGGCAACAAUUCACUAUGGUCCAUGGGCCGACAAACAACGUGUGCCUUUGCAACAAAUGUUCUUUCCUCCUUUAUCUCGUGAUUCAAGUCCCACGCCCACGCCUCAGCCGGGUAUGAAAAGACAAUAUGAUGGUUUCAAAGUGGUGGUGUCUGUCAAAGACGAAUUGAUUUUUAGAAUUCCAAUACGUGAAGCCAGCAAAGACAAGGAAAUUGUUCGCAGCCACCUACAGUCUGAUAGCGGUGCGAUGCCUACAACAAAAAUUGCUCGUUCCUUUGGAUGGCUUGAACUCAAGAUGGCUGCAAAAUCAUCUGUAUGUUCAUACACAUCUUUCACUAGUAAUAGGGAAAACGGCUGGGCCAACAAGCUUUCCCUUUACUUAUUACAACCUGAGCUUCGAUCUUCUGUCAACCACGAUAUACUAUUCACAGCAGAUACUCACGUUUUGGAUUGCGAUAUAGGUUUUCCAUUGCGAUGGAACGCUCCAUGUCUCUGGAAAUUUGCAAAUCAGAGCACCAAAGCAAGACUUUUUUUGUUGCGUGAGCAUAUCUUUCUUCUUUCAGACUUGUUCGCCGACUUUGCUUCAGGCCCCCCUCCAGCUUACGAGUACUUGAGACCAUUUGAGUAUAUCCUUGAUUGGAACAUGGAUGAUUAUAAACUCUACUUGAACGUUAACGACUCAAACAUUAUUGACAAUCCAUUGGAUUUCGACAGCAAUAAGUAUUUGUCAUUUGAAGGAGAUAGACUCGAAGCCCAAGUUGCCAUACCCCUAAACGGUAACCUCACCCGGUCUGCCACCAUAUCUUACAAGAUUUACACUCCUGCGUUAAGUGCGGUGCUCUCUACUCCCCUGUGGCAUACCGUUGAUGCUUUCUCCAGAUCAGAAGAAAUGGGUCGUAGUAGCGAUUUCACGAUUGAUGGCUCAUACACUUUCUUUAACAUAAUUGACCCAACCACUUCAAACCACAUCAUCAUCAGAAUUGUUGGAGACUUUAUAACCUUGAAGUUUUACGGUUACUUGGUGCGAUACUUAUUUACAGCUCGAGAAAAUUACUUUGGUGAUCAUGUCAAGUUCAAAACUUUUGAAGAGUAUACUACUAUGCCUACAGAAUCACCUGAAAUCAACACUCCUUACGACUCUUCGAGUACUCUAAAGACUAAAAUAGAAGAGGAAGAUGCGGGCGAAAGAUUCAUCAAGAUAGAAAAUGAUCUUGAUGUUGAAUUUGUGUUUCAGGUGAGACACGGCUUAUUACUUUUGCCUUACAAUUUCUACAGUACUGCUUCACACGUGGCAUUCAAUUUCGAUUCGUUUGAUAUCGAUCUUCGAUUCACGAACUACUACAUGGAUAUCCAGGCAGAUUUUAGUCCUACUCAAGGAGUAUUUGUAUUGGAGGAGGAAGAGAAUUCAUUGAUAUUUGAUAUUCCCGCUUACGUUGAGAAGUAUUUCAAUGAAGGUCCCCCAGAAGUUUUAGUUGAUGGGCUCAACAUUCACGCCCAUCGAAUGUUCGGACCUCCUCCUGACCAGAUAACCUAUUACUGCAAGUGGGAUUUUGCUGCUGGUUCUAUCGAAAUUGACAGUCAGGCAAAAUUCCUCACAGGACUUCUUACAAGCAUCAAAAGCUUCGUAUUUACUUUCAAGGACCUUGAAAAUUGUCUCGUGCCUACGCUCCCAAUAGUGCACGAUGCCGCAAACUUCUCCUUCAGGUGCCCUAGCUUCAUUAUCAAUGUUAGACCUGCAGUUGAACCAACAAACUGUCCGAUACUUGUGGCGAAUUUAGGAUCGCUAGUCGUUUCUUUGAAUGAUCUCCCCAACGGCAGGUACAACACUCGUAUUUCGAUUUACCUACCCGAGAUUACCGCGAGUGUAUUAGGCGAAAGUGAAAGUGGAGGCGAGCGAAAAGUGCUAGGAUACUUCAACACCUCGUUGACUCUUAGUAACUUUAUUCUCAAAGCAAAUUCUUUGGAGGUGCAAAAGCUUCAAAGACAGCAUGUGAAGUUUAACGAUGGACCGUUCCAUAGAUGUCCAUUUAUACUUCCUCCAGAUGAUCGUGAUUUCACGUACAAGCGUGCUCUCGGAUCUUUGAGCACCAAUUUGACAUUGCCCGAUGUCAGUAUUCCUUUGAACGGAGAGACCUUCGACUCAAUAGGCGGAUGGGAUGACUACCUUGAUAGCACUUGGAGCACACCAAGUCUUUCAUCGAGCUCAUCAGGCUCUUUGAGGUCAUCAUUUUCAUUCGACGACGUUGAUUCGUCGUUCGACAGCUUUCUCUACGAGUAUAAUGAUUCCGACUUCAAACCGGAAUACGAGAAAUCACCAGACUCGAAGCACGGAAAUGCCAUUUUGCAAUUUGGGGUCAUACACUCAUUCAUCACUUCAGGAGCGGUAAUGGCCAUAGUGAGAUUACAAAGGAACUUCAAAGAUCUAAGGAUGGAGACUUUAAUGGACAAUAUUGAAUUCGACAUUGUCAGCAAUAUUCGAAAGCUGAUACUAUCACUUGCUGCAGACGAUUGCACCAGGAUAGUAGUGCCAGAAGUUAUAUUCAAAGUCGGUGAGUUUGAAACCUAUAAUCCAAGAACUAUAUUCGAUCUGCCACUGCCGGUCCCAGUUCUAUCUUUGUCAUUGCAUGAGCCAUCUUUGGCGCUUUCGAAAGCAUUCAAAUAUUUUGGAGGUGAUGAGGCCCUUCCUUCUACAUCAGCUACUUUCGCUGGCCAUGUGAAAGAAAUUCUUGUUUCAAUAUCAGACCCAUCUUCUUUCGCAGCCUCAGUCUCCUUCAGGGUCACCAAUACUGAAUUUUGGAGAGAUAUAGACACAGCUAAUAACGAGACUUCAUCGGUGACAAUUGAUGAUUUUGAUAUAUCACUUGAGGAAGCUCAAGUGGAAUUCUUGAGAUGCUAUAUCGCACAUUUGAAGGAGAAAAUGGCUCCCAUCUUGAAGGAAAACUCGAAACAGUCGAAUAUGGAAUCCAAGGCAGAAGCGGAGCUCGUUUAUAAGCUUACAAUGGCCAGUGAUCAAUACAGAAUCGAUCACGAUUCUGCUGUAUUGACGAAGCCCACACAUGUCUUGAGAUCUGUCCACGAUCAUGUUAGAACCUACGAUAGCUGGAAAGUUAUCACGAGAUUGCGCCAUGUGUUGAGUAAUAUACCCUCGCAAUGGGAGAACGACACGAACGAAAAGUUGCAAAAUCUUCAAUGGGAAGCUCCUGACACCGCAUACGAAGAUGUCUUAGGUAUAUUCUCGCGGUGGAGAAGUUGGGAAGUGGAUACGAGUAAUGGAUUUCUAUUCAAAAAGGUUUUCAACCGUGAAAUGAAUGCUCCAAAUGACAACCGAAGACUCAAUAAAUUUGCUGUUGGCAGUCUCGUGUUGUCAAUCUCAAAGAUGAACGAGGAAACCAAUCGGAUUAUCUUGAACUCAUCCAGUGCCUCACUUGACAUGGCCAAAUUGGUCAGUGGUGUUAUAAAGGACGAAGCAAUUUCCUCAACUGAUGAAGUUGUUGAGAUUUUGUGUCAGAUUGGGCACUAUGAGUCCUUUAUAUCCUCUCUAUCUAUCGACUUGUUGGCAACUUUUAAAGCACAAUCGGAACUGAACCCCAAAGAACCAAUCGCACCCAAAGCAGAUUCAGCUGUGACCCAAUUACAGAAAAGAGUUUCGGGAGUAAUCAAAAUAUCCUCUUAUGAUCAGACUUUAAAAAUUUUGAACUCAACUGUUAGGAUGUCAGGAUCAAACGCAGUUCAUGGUCUCCGACUUGGUGUCGCAGGCGACACCAACCAGAUAACUUUGUCUAGUCAGCUUGGAACUCUGGCCAUCAAAUUCAGUGUUGGCGCUGAAAACUUGGCUUCUUUGAGUGGAGAGAACAUUAGAGUAUCUGCCGCUACUGUGGGUACCUUGAGAGAGGGUCCGAAAGUCUUAGAAAUUGAUGCCGAUGUUAUCUCGAUGCAUCUAUUUGGUCACAAUUUGGAAGCUUCUAAAAGUUUGGAAGCGAUGAUCAAAGAGGAUGUGGACUACAUCAAGGGAUUACAACGUACAUUUGUACCUAAACCAUCCACACUGAGCAACCCACCUCAAGCAGUGGAUAAGCUAGGCGGCUCACGAAAAGCACCAGACAUAUUUGCGAAGUUUGGUAUUGCGAACUUCUUGUUUAAAGCGAACUUCUUGGAUCCUAUAACGCUAGUGAGUUCUUCGAGAGAUAUCGAUUUCUCGGUUGAUUCCUCAAAUGGAGCGCAAAUUCUCGAGUUUCUGCUCGGGUCAACAGAAUUGAGUACUUUCAUUGCGAAGAGCGUCAUCUGUGGAUUUGAAAAUUCUGACACGAAAUUGAGCGUCUUAGUCAAGAACAAUUCUGCGAAUACGUUGCUUGACUUUGAUUACAGCAUAGGUUUUACGAAGAUCAGUUUUCCAAAGGUACUCCAAGGAAUGCUGGAGCUCGAAACGAGUUUGCCAAAGUUGGAGACCAGAAUUGAUUCUCUCCGUCAAUGCUUCGAAGUUCUUGGGAACAAGAGCCCAAAGAAAACAGACGAUACUCCACCUUUAAGAUCAAGUCCCAAGCGUGAAAAACCUGUUGUUUUCAAGUCAAGCUUUUCGAUUGACUAUCUCAGCUUAUCGGUUGGUAUUGACAACAGUAGGGUAAAUUUCGAGUUUGACAAUAUGGCUUGUUCAAUAUCAACUCUACAGGUGACCCAAAAGGAGCAAUCGUCGAAGAUUUAUAGCAUAGUUCCCGUGUUUGGUGAUGUAUACAUACCUUCAACAAGGGUGUCGAUUGUUGAUAAGCAAAUACCUUUAUCACUCUCGACAGUGGUGGAUUUCAAUACCAGCAUCAAAGUUUCAAAUGAUUUCGCCGCGAAAGGGCAAACAUUGCAAGUGGAAUCACAAUACUUCAGGAUUGUAUUGAGUCCUCAAGCUGUAUUGAGAGCUGCAAUGAUAGCCCACAAGCUAUCGAAGACCACUGCUAGUACUUUAAAAGUGCUUGGUGAAUCUAGGUUGUCCAAUUAUUUCCACCGUGAAGUUCCAAGCCACAAUUCGGUGAAGAAGCCCGUCAAGAGCGAUCAGGGGUCUAAAAAUGGUAUAUUUUCUCGCUUUGUUUCAGUCCAUGUACUUUCUUACAAUUGGUGUUUAGGUUGGAUCUUUAGACUGCAACAUAAAGACUACCCAGGAAUAAUAAUGGGAGCCGAGCGGUUCUUUGCUGUUACUGAAAAAGACCUUGGUAAGUUCACCUUGAUCGAUGCAUAUCUUUCAGUUGCCAACGGAUCCGCUUCGUCUAAUUUCUUCAGUACGCUGUCGGAAAGAGUAAGUCUAAACAGAGCCUUUUUACCCAACAUCCAACUCUGCUACUUUAUUGAGGAGGUUAAUAGCGGAGAGAAGAACCUCACUAUAAUUCUCACGGGUGACGAGUUGGAUAUUUGCUUCCUCUCGAAUUCAGUGCUAUUGGUCGAAAGAGUAAUUCAGUCAGGAAACGAAGUGAAGCGCUUGUUGGAUAAGUUAAGGAGCGAGCAUGUUACAAGCACAGAAGAAAAGCAACCAGAACAACGUCCAUUCAAACCAUGGUUUACUUCAGUCGAAUUCCAGGCAACAUUUGCCGGUUCUAACAUGGUGUUGUGGAGCAACGACCAAGUCAGUGUGAGUGAUGCACCAGCAUUAUCAUUGCAUUCACCAGCCGUCAAGUUUGUCACCAAGUAUACUCACAACAAGCAUGGUCCAAAGAGGCAUGUCAUCAAAUCAGAAGUAAUGGCCAGUGCUUCUGACAACACAGUAUACGCCUCAUGUGUUCCAGUCAUGGCUGAAUUCGCCAAUGGUUUCAAGCAAAUGAUGCGUACGUCCAGCAAAGAUGUAAGCAUGAAUGAACAAGCUGCCAGAGAGCGCAGAAAGCUGCUGAUUACAAGUUCAAAGAGCAGUAUGACCAACAUACUUCAAGAUUUUGAUGUUCAUGUGGGAAUUCGCUUUGAAAAGCAGCGAUUAGCCUUGUCUUGUGAGCCCACCGCAAGAGUCGAAGCAGUAGUUGGAAUCGACGGUAUCUACAUUCAGAUCAAUACUGUCGAGAAAGAACAUACCUCAAUUACUGCUGCGAUUCGCUUGAACCCACUUUACGCCUCACUUCAACACAUAUACUCCCGUGAAAUAAGUGCCUCGCUUAAGGUUUCGCAAGUUAUAUUUUUAAGCUCAGUGGAGAUGGGUAAAACGACCAGCGUGAUCUCAUCGUGCUCUAUAUCUGAUGUGGUUGGCUCAGUGGAUGCAAAGCAGUUUCAGGACGUCGACUUGUUCAAAGAUAUUUGGUUUCCCAAGUCUUUGUACAAAGCUAAAAACGUCUCAGAGCCUACCCCACAAAGAAGCAAAUUAUCUGUUACGCAGUCAGAUCAUCUAUCAAGUUCCAGAAACAUAUCUUCAAGGUUCAAGGAGGUUUCCACCACUUAUGCAAUUCCAUGGAUAUUUACUCUUGUGGUUUCCAAUAUGUCGUUCCAAAUGGACGUCGGGCAGCUGCUUGGUAAUUUCAAUUUGAGUCUCAAUAACUUUUGGCUAGUAUCGAAAAAAUCGACCGAUUGGGCUCAAGAUUUGAAGAUUGGUACCGACAUUGUGCUGCUUACAUCGGAGGGUAGACUCGGGGGAAACAUACAACUUAGGGACGCAUUUCUUCAUACCGCCAUCAGAUGGAAGUAUGGAGCCGAAGUGCUUGAUAUCCCACUCAUCCUAGUAUCUGGUGGUAUCGAUUCCCUUCAGGUGAAAGCGUCUUUCGAUUACCAUGUUUUCGCGAUCAUAGACUUGCGAGGAAGCUCACUUGACGUCUAUAACCAGAAGAACGAGCACACGAUCUCAAAGGACCAUCUAUUCGUUACCGCGAAUAUCGAAUCAGCAGAGCUAUAUAUGACGUCUUUGGCGGCAUCGAAUAUUAUUGAUAUCAACAAUGCUGUCUCGCGGAUGAUUCAAGAGAAUAGGCGGUCUUAUAGUGAGACUCUUUGGGAUUCGUACGGUCAGGAACAAAAGAAAAAUGGAGGGUUAGCCAUUGCAGCUAGCAGAAUCAUGUUAGAGACUGUGAAAAAGCUCGAGUUUCGAAUCGAAGUUCUCUUGGGUAAUCUUCGCAUCUACGUUUACCCAUCAUCUCUCGAGGAUUCCAAGGUAUUGGUGAUGAAGAUUGAUCAAUCCAGAGCUCACUUUCAACAGACAGAAAUCACUGCCGGUGUUUCUAACCAGCUUGAUGUGAAAUUUAGCGGCAUAAAUGUGUCAUUAUCGGUGACCGCACCAAUUAAACCGGAAACUGUACUCAAUGGAACCGUUACUGAAUUUGUGGAGCUUGCUCAUAAAGCCAAAGGGGGCAAUAUUUUUGUAUUUCCUUCUCUCAGGAUUUGCAUGAGAACUUAUCAAAAAUAUGAAUCACAAGAAAUUGAAUACUUGUUCCAAUCAGCAUUUGGAGGAACUGUUGAAGUGAAAUGGAACUUGGGUUCCGUAAACUUCAUUCGAGAGAUGUAUGCCAUUCACAAGCGAGCGUGGCUCACAAGAAUAAAAUACAGAAAAGAAGGUGAGAUUGACGAAAACACCUUGCGUACACCUUUAACUGAGAAGCAAGAUAUGGAACAAGACAUCAAUGAUACGCUUGCCAAAGUGACGGAAGAAUCAAGUUACAAAUAUACCCCACUUGCUCCACCUAUCAUCGAAGCGCCCAGACUUAAGGAGUUGGGUAAUGCCACACCUCCUUUGGAAUGGUUUGGAUUGCAUAGAAAUCGAUUCCCUGAUGCUACUCACCAACUUGCAAUCGUCACACUACAAAAAUUCAUUCACCAGAUUGAAACGCAGUACUCAAAAAUAUUGGGCAAAGCCUAA